AUGCAUUUCUUUCAAGCAAGUACUAUUCUAAUACUCCUCGGUUUCCAGGCCGCCCACGCCACGUCUGCAGCCAACAGAACGUUAACUCUCUGGGCAUGGGGUGACUGCAGCGGCAAUGUUGCGUUUUGCCACGACAUAGCCCCUGACACUUGCUGUCACGGCGAAUACCUGAUCGCUGGGUUUACUUGCGAGGAUUGCGUCAAGGAAGACAUAGUUGCUGGUCGCGAAGAGCAGGACGGGACGUGUGGGGGGGACUUCGUCACUGUGACAGGCUGGGUUUGCGCCAGGUCGAGGAAAAGGCUGUAUGGGAGUAGCUGGCACCAUGGCCCUGAAACGGAGGCUACGGCGAAGAAAACACCGGCUUGUACUCGGAGCGUGCGUGCCGACGUCAUGAGAAUCGGAGAGACGUGGUUUUACUUGGAGGACAACACGCCUGAGAAUCAUGUGAAGGCGCUUUGGGAUAUUUGGGGCCAGGAAUCUUCAGUAGUGAUACCCGACAUAUUGUUGCAGUACGAGGGAGAAGAGCCUCGGGGACGUGGCGUGGCUUCUGAGCUCUAG